AUGAGUGAGACGGAAAAAGAAAAGGACCCUGCCGCCCUGAAGGAGGAGGGGAACACUCUUUUCAAGGCAGGAGACAUCCAGGGUGCUGUCUGCUGUUACACCAAAGCAUUGAAGCUCAGUGACAGCCAAGCAGAGAAAGAUGUACUGUACCGUAACCGCUCUGCGUGCUACCUUAAACUGGAGGAGUACAGCAAGGCAGAGGCUGAUGCCUCAAAAGCACUCGAUAGUGACCAAGGCGAUGUGAAAGCUAGAUUUCGGAGGGCCCAGGCUUUUCAAAAACUUGGCCGGUUUGACCAGGCAUUUCUGGAUGCUCAGAGAUGUGCCCAGCUCGAGCCCAAAAAUAAAGCUUUCCUGGAUCUGCUCAGACAGCUGGGAACACAGAUCCAGCAGAAGUCAGCACAGCUAAACUCCACAGAUGCCCGUGUGCAGCAAAUGUUCUCCCUCCUCUUAGAUGCAUCUACUAACGAGUCAGAUCGACAGAAGGCUGCUCAGAAUCUCGUGGUGUUAUCCCGAGAUGAAGCAGGAGCUGAACAGAUCUUCCGUAAUGAUGGAGUGAAGCUAAUUCAAAAACUUCUUCAGUCAAAGCUGGAGGAUGUCAUACUUUCUGCUCUCAGGACUUUGGUUGGUUUGUGCACAGGACAUCAGUCUAGAACUAUGGCAAUAGUGAAUGAGUUGGGAAUGGAGCAGAUGUGUGCAGUAAUGGGAUCAGGAGCUUCAAAUGUGUCCUUGGCUGCUUGCCACCUGUUGCAAGUGAUGUUUGAAGCUCUGACAGAGGGCAUGAAAAGAGAGAUCAGAGGGAAGGAUGAAGCCAUACUUCCUGAACCAUCCAAGGAGCUGCGUUCAAUGUUACGGCACCUUUUGGAAAUGAUGCCAGCAUCAGAUGUGUCAGGGCCAGGCAGAGACAGCGCUAUAAACCUCUUGGUCAAACAAGUGCCCCGCAAGUCCUUGAAAAACCCAGAUAACUCCCUCACAUUAUGGGUGAUUGACCAGGGGCUGAAGAAAAUCCUGGAGGUGGCUGGGACUGUGCCAGAGCUCUCAGAAGGACCACCUCUUACAGACAACACUCACAUGAGCUGCUCUGUCUUGCUGAGCAAACUCUACGAUGACCUAAAGAGCGACAAAGAGAGAGAGAACUUCAACAAACUAUGUGAAGAAUAUGUUCAGCAACACUUUAGCCGGUCUGGCCUAGACGGCAAGCUGCGAGCCAUCCAGACAGUAUCAGUGCUUCUCCAAGGACCAAGUGACGUGGGUAACAGAACUCUGGAAAUGUCAGGGAUGAUGGAUGCAGUGAUCUCUCUAUGUGCCUCCGAAAAUGUAACUCACCAGCAGGUAGCGGUGGAGGCUCUAAUCCAUGCUGCAGGCAAAGCCAAGAGAGCCUCCUUUAUCACAGCCAACGGAGUCUCCCUGCUGAAGGACCUGUACAAGAAGAGCGAGAAUGACAGGAUACGUGUGAGAGCCCUAGUGGGUUUGUGCAAGCUUGGAUCAGCAGGAGGAACAGACUUCAGCAUGAAGCAGUUUGCAGAGGGAUCCACACUUAAGCUCGCCAAGCAGUGCAGAAAGUGGUUGUGUAAUGAGACUCUACCCCCAACUUCUCGCCGCUGGUCUGUAGAAGGUCUCGCCUACCUCACUUUUGAUGCUGAUGUGAAGGAAGACUUGGUGGAAGACAAGAACGCCCUGCUGGCCAUGUUUGACCUCGCAAAGUCUGAGGAUAAGACUGUGCUCUUUGCUGUGGGCUCUACAUUAGUGAAUUGCACCAACAGUUAUGAUGUGGAGAAGCCAGAUCCUCAAAUGGUGGAGCUGGCCAAGUAUGCAAAGCAGCAUGUACCUGAGGAGCAUCCCAAGGAUGCACAUUCCUAUGUGGAGAAAAGGUUGGUGAAACUGCUGGAGGCUGGUGUGGUGUCUGCAUUAGUUUGUAUGGUCAAACAGGAGAGUCCUGCCCUCACUGAGGCUUGCAGGGAAUGUAUUGCCAGGGUGUUCUUGGCUUUAGUGGAGCGUCAGGAAGACAGAGGCACAGUGGUGGCACAGGGUGGAGGAAAGGCUCUGAUCCCACUUGCAUCCGACAACACAGAUGCAGGAAAAAUCAAAGCUGCACAAGCGCUGGCAAAAAUAACCAUCACGUCGAAUCCAGAGAUUGCCUUUCCAGGAGAAAGGAUCUAUGAGGUGGUGCGCCCACUUGUCAGUCUUCUGAGUCUGGAGUGCACCCUUCUGCAGAACUUUGAGGCACUCAUGGCUCUCACCAACCUGGCCGGCAUCAACGAUAGACUCAGGCAAAAGAUCAUCAAGGAGAAAGCUGUGCCUAAAAUUGAAGGUUACAUGUUUGAGGAGCAUGACCUUGUACGAGCUUCUGCCACAGAGUGCAUGUGUAACUUGGUUUUAAAUACAGAGGUACAGAAGCUCUACCUGGCCACAGGAAAUGAUCGCCUGAAGCUGCUUGUGCUUUACAGUGGAGAGGAUGACGAGAGGCUGCGGAAAGCGGCUGCAGGAACGCUGGCCAUGCUGACAGCCGAACAGCCCGAGCUCUGCGCCCGCAUCCCUGGAACUACAACCCACUGGCUAGAAAUUGUGCAGGCUUUGCUGCUCAGCGAAAUACCCGACUUACGUCAUCGCGGCGUGGUCAUAGUUCAGAACAUGAUGCAGGCGGAGAAGAGCCUGGCUCAGAAACUCAUGGAGAGUGAAGCUCUGGAGAUUCUUUCUGUCCUUGCAAAGGGAGGAGAGGGCAAUCCAGAGCCCGUCUCCAAGAUAGCUCAGAACUGUCUGGAUAAAGCUGUGGAGUACGGCAUAAUCAGAAACAGGGAAGAAAAGUAGAAGAACUAAGGAACGGAACCCUGAAAACAAGCUGCAGUAUGUGGAUGUGUCUCCUGACAGUGUUUCAGUUCUUCAAAGGGUAUAUUGGACCAAUGAAGUCAUUUCAUAUUUGAGGGAAACUGGCUCUUUAGUUGCUCAUGUGUCUUAACAAAAAGUGAUUAAAAACAGUGAAGAAAUAUCAAAUGGAAAACCAACAGCGCGCGACAAAUUAGCUUUGACUGCUGUUUCACAUCAUUAUAUCCUUGUCCAAUUCUGGCAAAGGUGCAUGUUCCACUCAGAGACCAGCAUUUCUACUUCAUGUAUUCUUCACUAAAGAUGACCAGUCCUUUAUAUGUGCAAGUGUUUUAUUGAGUGUCAUUUAUUAGUCCCACAAAUGCAUUCUUAUUUUUAUUGUGCACACUACUUUUCUCAAUAUUUGAUUAUAUUUUCAGCAAAAACAGAAACAUUUCAUUUACACUAAAAUGUACUUUUGGUUUAAAUGUUUAUUAUUAUGAUUGCUGUCAUUCCAACACAUUCCCAGUGUGUGUGUGUGUGUGUGUUUUUUUUUAAUAAGUUUUGA